UAAACCAAGCUAAUAAUACAUACUCAGUUCUCGAACUCUCGUUUUUAAUUUUGUUCUUACGAUUCGCUCUCUGAAUCAGAUCAUUUGGUGGAUUUAUUGUCCAUCAAAUUGGUGCUCUCAUUGAGAGCUCGAGAAUUAUACUCAGAGGAAAACCUCCACAGAGGCGAUGGUGCAAACACGCAGCAAUGCCAACGCAGGUAUCAGAGCUCCCCACCAGGGAGAAAACAGCGCCACCGGAGGCCGGCACCCCCCCAUCACCACGGUGGAAGCCGAGGCCCUCAUCCAGAGGGUCGGAAUCAUGGCUGAGCAGUUCAAGGAGGUGCUGGCGGUACUGACGCCCAAUCGUAAGAUUGUGGUGGAAGAUGUGGCUGGAGGACCCACAGGCGGAAAGGCUGGACCUACUGGCUCCCAGGGAAAGAAGAAGAAAGUAAGGCGGUCCCAGAAGAAGAAGGUGACCAAGCCUAAUGGGAAGGCUAUGAUGGAAGAUGCGCUGUCCAGAUUGGACGAAGAAGACGAGUCGUCCUCUUUUGAGCGGAUGUCUGCUUUUGACCGCUUGGGAGAUCCCAAGUCAAAGAAACCCUGGACCUCAGCGUUCGAGCGGUUGCAAGACACUCGGUCGGAUUCCUAUUAUGAUGACUACUCAGUUAAUAAUGGACCUGAUUAUUAUCCAUACCAUGAUGAAUCACCAUACGAUACCCCGUCUCGGAGCUUUGGAUAUUCUCCAUACCAAGAUAACUGUGGGGAUUAUUAUGAACCUCAUGGUGAUCAAGAUGAUUAUGACGAACAAGGGCCAAUGUACGAUGACCAGCUAGAUCCAGUUAUUGAAGAGAUUUUGUGGACUGAGAAAAGAAUACUUUAUUUUGACCUAGCAUUAGUAAUGGAGUGUUCAUUAUUUGAACCACCCUAUUGCCGUGAUUACUCUCUAACUCGUGAAGAGCAAAUCAAAGCAAACAAAGAUGCAAUCCAGGCGAGAGAACGAUUUCUCAAAACAGUCCAAGAAGAAUGCCAACUGCUCCAAACCCAGAAAGAUAACAAACAACGCGAAUAUUGGGAGCAUAUGCAAAAGAUGCUGGAGGAUUUUAAGAAGGCUAUGGAACAACAAGAAGAGAUGGAGGAAAUUGUUGUUCUAGAAGAGGACGAAGAAUCCGAGACAGAAUCCAACAAUGUCUCAAUUCUUGAAUACCCACAAACUCCAUCACCACUGUAUAUCGAAAACAAGAUAACACUUGCAGAAAUGAUUGCACGAGGUACAGUGGUGAUGCUUCCUGAAAGCCUAAAAAGUCAAAUCGUACAAGAGGUGAAGCCUUCCGAGGGUCCUGUCUCAGAACCGCCUUCACCAGCUGCACCAGAAACGUUGGAGGAACCUGUCCUCCUAACAUGUGUUGAAGACACUUCUCUAGAGGAACCUGUUCUGGAGAAAUCCGAGCCCACCACCGACCCCCUUGAUUCCGAUACUGAUGAGUCUGACGAAUCUAUAGACGAAAAAAUACCUUGUGAUGCUGAACCCAUUCAGUCUAUAGAAACUAUCACUGAAGACUCAAGGGAAGGACAUGUUGUAAUCAUCGAGCCAGCAACUGAAAGUCAGCCCAUUGAAGACUUGGAAAGUCAUAUCCUGUCGGCCCGUAAGGGCGACUUGAGGGAUACGCUCAAGGAGAAAAGAGGGGAGUCCACAGCGACCUCCAAGAUCGGUUCUGAGGAGCGACGAAGGACGGUUGAGGAUAAGGGUGCAGCCGAGUUGUGGAGAAUGUACGAGCAACUGGAGAAGCGGCUGGAAGCCCAAAACCCCUAUCGUCAGGCGGUCUUCAGUGAGGUAACACCCUUCUCCAGAAGGAUAAUGUCUUGUCCUCUCCCGGACAAUUUCAAGACUCCCCAGAUCAAAGCGUACAAUGGGACGACUGACCCCCAGGACCACCUUGCUUGCUUUGGGGCGAACGUGGUCAUGUAUGCAUACCCAGAAGAAAUCAAGUGUCGAUGCUUCCUGGCGACACUGGAAGGGCAGGCUUGUGAGUGGUUCCACAAGUUACCCAAGGGAUCGAUAGAUAAGUGGAGCGACCUGGCCCACAAGUUCUUGGAGCAUUUCGCAUCCAGCCGAAGACAAAAGCUUCCCUUCUCGCACUUGCUCAAUGGACGUCCAAGGAGUGGACGACCAAGCCCUGAUCGCCAUGCUCCAAGCUGCACUCUCCCAAGGGGAUGUGCGCAAGGAGCUGCGACGGAAUCCUCUCUCGACCUAUCAGGAGAUGUUGGCCAGGCGAAAUACCUGGCGUUGGAAGAGGAAGACGAUGAGCCACCAGUCCGGAAGGAGAAGAAAAGUGGGCUACCGGUGGCAGAAGGAAAGAAGAGGAAGGAUUACGGUAAGGGGCCGAACCCCACCGGAUAUCAUGCGAAUAGACAUCCAGUCCAUGCGGUGGAGUCGUUGCCUGCCCCUCCUCACAGUCGGGAAAGCUAUGGUGUGCAAGAUGCACCCAAAUACUGCGAGUACCACCGUAAUAGCACCCACAACACGUCGGAGUGCGUUACGCUGAAGAAGGAGAUGGAUCAGUUGAUCGCCAGGGGAACGCCUCCUCGUUCGGAGCGACCGUCCUCAAGUAACCAGACCUGGAGGAGACCAGCAGCCCCCACAGCAGCGAUCACAGCGGGAGAAGGGCAGGAUGAUGGACGACGACAUCUGGGGAGAGAUUGUGAUGACCUGGAUGAGGAGGAAAGACAGGGUCGCCGACACCCAGGGUGUCGAUUCAUCAUGAGAGGAAACACUGGAGGAGAUUCGAUAUCCUCACGGAAGAAGUGGAAGAACAUGGUGUACCUGGCCGAGGUGCGAAGGCCGCCGCUACCUAAGAGAAAGAAGAAGGAACCUCUGAUUUUCACAGACGAGGAUUAUCCACCAGUCCUCAGCCCUCACAGGGACGCUCUGGUGAUAAAGAGGGAAGAGGGGCGACCUCGAGCUGAGCCAGCGGAAGAAGUCGAAGAAGUUUCUUUGGAUCCGAUCAAGCCAGAGCGGAAGGUGAAGGUAGGUAAAACCUUACCGCUUAGACUAAAGGAGAAGCUGUUGGAGGUCCUCCAAGCGUUCAAAGUGUUAUUCGCUUGGGGCCCAGAGGACAUGCUGGGGGUCAACCCGAAGAUUAUUUGCCACAGGACACUUCUUCGAAGCCCAAAUGCCCCGUCACGGGUCAGCAAGUGGGGAGUGUUCCUGGGAUCUUUUCAGAUAGAGUUUAAGCCACGACCGGCGAUAAAGGGGCAAGAAUUGGCAGAUUUCGUGGUAGAAUGCACUGCAAGAGAGGUGGAGUCCAGUGGAGAAGAAGCCGAAGGGAAUUGGUGGACUGUGUACACUGAUGGUUCGUCCGCGACUGAUGCUUCGGGGGGAGGUGUCGUGGCGAUAUCACCGGAAGGGUUCAAAGCAUACUACUCCGUGAGAUUCCGGUUUAAAGUCUCGAACAAUGAGGCUGAAUAUGAGGCGCUGCUUUGCGGUUUGAGGCUGGCAGCUUCAUUACAAGCUGAACAAAUUCAAGUCCGAUGCGAUUCCAAACUAAUAGUAGGCCAUGUCACCGGAGAGUUUGAGGCCAAGGAUAAGCGAAUGAUGAAGUAUAGAGACACCGCCCUGGAGUUGCUUAAAGCGUUUAAAGCGUACCGGAUAGAGCAGGUCUCUCGAGAAGAGAAUGUUGAGGCGGAUAUCUUGUCAAAGCUUGGCCCGGAUUCCCCAGAUCAUAUUAAGGCAAUGACCCAAGAAGAAGAGUUGCUCGAGCCAAGCAUCAGUCCCGGACAAGUGCUGGUCAUCACACUCAAAGAGCCGGAUUGGAUUGAUGAGAUUACCAUGUAUAUCCUUGACGGGUCGCUACCUACCGACCCAAUCGCGGCAAAGGUGGUGAAACGACGUGCACCCAGCUACACGCUGGAGUGCGGUCGGCUGUACAAGCGAUCGUACAAUGGUACAUUGUUGAGGUGCCUAAGAACGGACGAGGCGCAGAAGUUAAUGGAGGAAAUCCAUGAAGGGAUAUGCUCAGCACAUCAGGGAGCCUUCACAAUGUCUAGAAAGGUGACGGGGCGACCAGCGACGAAUUAUACCUCGGUCAGCACAGCGAUUCCCUUUUCUCGCUGGGGUAUUGAUCUGGUUGGUAUCUUGCCUCGGGGGACAGGGAACAAUACAUAUCUGGUGGUCGCGAUCGACUACUUUACCAAGUGGGUCGAGGCUGCCCCCGUGCCGACCAUCACUAAAGAACAGAUGAGGAAGUUUGUGUCCAAGCAAAUCUUGUGCCGAUUCGGGGUACCCCAGCAGAUCAUCACCGAAAAUGGAACCCAGUUUGAGGCUAGAGGGUUUAAUGAGUUUCUACAGAGCUGGGGCAUAAAACACAGCUAUGCUGCGGUCGGGUACCCCCAGACCAAUGGGCAGGUUGAGAACACUAAUCGUACCAUCGUAGAUGGCCUGAAGAAGAAGAUAAUGGAAUGCAAAAGCACCUGGGUGGAGGAGUUGCCUUACAUCUUGUGGACCUACAGAACUACCCCGAGGAAGGCCACAGGUGAAACUCCGUUCUCACUCACAUAUGGAUUUGAAGCGAGGGCUCCAGCGGAGACCUCAUUGCUAAGUUAUAGAGUGGAGACAUUUGAUGCCCAGGAGAAUGAAGAAAACUUAAGGGCAGAGCUGCACCUCAUUGAUGAACGAAGAGAAAGGGCGUACAUACGAGCGGAGAACAACCGUCGACAAGUCAAGUCGUACCAUGACCAGAGGGUGCGACCAAGGCAGUUUAGAGUAGGUGACUGGGUCCUCAAGAAAAGGGAGGUCAGUCGGCCGACCGAUGGGGGAAAGUUCGCGAAGAGUUUUGAAGGGCCAUACAUCAUAAAGGAAGUGUUGGCCGAUGGGACGUUUAGGUUACAAACACCGGCUGGAGGCGACGUUCAGCGAGUAUGGAAUGCCGCCAACCUUAUUAAAUUUUACCAAUAAAUUGUAUUUCAGCCGUAUUUCUCUCUUAAAGUUUAAUAAAACCAGCAUUCUGGCAUAUCUUGUCCUCAAUUCUCAAAAAAAAAAGAAAAAAAAAGAGAUCGCUAAUGAGCGACCAAAAGAGAUCGCUAAGCCUAAGCUGAAUGGUGAUUCGCGCUAAGAUACCCAACAG